CCUGUUUUCGCAAUCUUUCAACGAGGCCUGCAGAUGUUAUUAUUUGUGUUUGCGUAUUUUGAGACGACAGUAAAGGUUUUUGAGAUGUUUGAGAAGCUGAAGAGAAGUGCGUAUGACGUGAAGGACUUCAGGCGGGUUGCUAUGAGGAGAAGAUCGGGUCGCAAAUCUGUUUCUGGAGAUCCUGUAUGUGUUGGACAGUGUGAUGGUUCAGACAGAAGUUUAUUGAGAGAAAGAUCUUCAGUGCUGAGAAAAUCAGCCGUGUAUACAGUAUCACCGAUGCCUCCUCCACCCGUUCUUCCAAAACCAAAGUUCCAGUGUCCAGUAAAGACUUCAAAUGAACACAUCACGGAUCAACAGGAGAUGGUGACAAAUAUGAGUCAAGAGAGGACCACUGCUGCCUCCGAAUUUCACAGACAUUUAGACAAGGGAGCUUCACCAGAUUGUUCUUCAUCCAAUCAGCUCAUGCAAACCCACCUUAACUCUAAGAGACCAAACUCCCAGGACAGCCAGGAGGACGGAUUAUUCAAUCUGUCACCACCAGGUUCCGAAUGGCCUGAUUGGUCGGGUUGGUGGUCAGAAGAAGUCAAACGAAGGGGUGUGUUUGAAGAGCAAUUGACCCGCACGGAUCCAGAUCAUCUCCAGACUCCCUCAGGAACCGGUGAGAGUGAAAGUGUUCUUCAAAACCAUGAGGAACAACUGAAGAACAUGGAAAAUAAUGAUGACAAACAAGACGUCAAAGAGCUGAAACUCUAUAAGAUUGCCAAUGAACUUCUGCAGACAGAGCGAGCUUACGUGAAGCGACUGCAUUUACUCGAGCAGGUGUUUUGUGUCCGACUCUCAGAGGAAGCUGUGAAGGGAACGUUUCCUCUAGAGGUGGUCAAGGGCAUCUUCUCUAAUGUAGGAUCCAUCUACACCUUCCACAGCAAGUUCCUCCUGCCUGAUCUGGAGACACGGAUGAACCAGUGGGACUCCACACCUCGCAUCGGGGACAUCUUGGCACAGCUCGCUCCUUUUCUGAGGAUGUACGCUGAGUAUGUAAAAAAUUUCGACAGUGCCAUGGAUCUGCUCAAACAGUGGACGGAACGCUCGCCGCAGUUUAAUGGCAUUAUUCAGGACAUACAAAGCAUGAAGGAGUGUGGAAAUCUGACUUUACAACAUCAUAUGCUGGAGCCGGUACAGCGGAUCCCUCGCUACGAGAUGCUUCUCAAAGAUUAUCUGAAGAAACUACCAGAGGACGACAGUGACCGAAGCCAGGCAGAGAAGUCUUUGCACAUCAUCUCAAUGGCUGCCACCCACUCCAACAUGGCCAUCCGUAAGAUGGAGAACCUGAAGAAGCUCAUGGAGAUCUACGAGAUGCUCGGAGGAGAGGAGGACAUUGUGAAUCCCUCAAAUGAGCUCAUAAAGGAAGGACAGAUCCUGAAGCUGGCAGCCAGAAACACAUCAUCCAUGGAAAGAUACCUCUUCCUGUUUAACAACAUGCUGCUAUACUGCGUGCCAAAGUUCAGUCUGGUGGGUCAGCGGUUCACCGUACGCACAAGGGUCAGGGUCGAGGGCAUGAAGGUGCUUGAAACCUCCAACGACGAUUACCCACACACGUUUCAGGUGUCGGGUAAAGAGCGAACGCUGGAGCUACAGGCCAGCUCAGAGGAAGACAAAGAGGACUGGAUCAAGGCAUUUCAAGAGACCAUCGCAAUAUUUCAGCAGAAAAAUGAAACGUUCAAAUCGGCCUCUAAAGAAGUGGUGGAUGAGGUGUCUAAAGAAGAGUUGGGGAAAAGAGCUCCUCGCUGGAUUCGGGAUAAUGAAGUGACCAUGUGCAUGAAAUGCAAGGAGCCUUUUAAUGCUUUGACCCGCAGGAGGCACCAUUGCAGAGCAUGCGGAUAUGUGGUGUGUUAUAAAUGUUCAGACUACAAGACGUCACUCAGGUACGACAGCAACAAAUUAAAUAGGGUGUGCAAGGACUGCUACUUUAUAUUAACCGGCAGAGCAGACGCAGAGGAACCGGCUGGUGGGAGGAAAAGAGGAAUUCUUGAGAUUGAAGCGGCUCAGGUGUCAGGAAACAGUUUCGUGUGUGGCUUCCUGCAGUACAGCGACAGAACCAAACCGUGUCAGAGGGUGUGGUGUGUGAUUCCUCAGCACGACGCAUUGGUUCUUUAUCUGUACGGUGCCCCGCAGGAUGUCAAAGCCCAGUGUACGAUUCCACUCCUGGGUUACCAGGUUGAAGACGUCCAAAGACCCGUGGAUCAUCCUCCUACCAGCUUUCGUCUGUGUCAGUCCAAAUCCGUCCACUGUUUCACUGCAGAUACAGAGGAAAUGAAACUGCGCUGGCUGAGAGUCAUCCACAAAGCUGUGAUCGGAGAGACGCCAGAAUGCCAGACGCCGUGCGAUGAUGGGCCUGUCAACGGUUGUCACGACAGAGGACCAGAUCUGACGGCGUUGUGUCUGUGACGUACAACUUCACAUUACAUGAGCACUUACAGAACUUUCUUGUAUUUUAAUGUGUACAAAUCUUUUAGUGAUCACGUGCGGUCAGUAGAUCAGUCAGGGUGCUUGUAUGAUCAUAUUGUCGGCCUUUAUGCUUGGCAGACCAAUGAUGCUUUCUGAUUCGAGUCUUGUUUAUAUGGUGUUCGUCUUGUUUACCGUCCCUGGAAUUUUGUGCACUACUGCUUUUUGUAAACCGAAAUUCACUAUUGAAAAUAAAUUGAAUAAAAGUGUAUAUCUUUAUCCCAACUUCUCCAAAGUAAUACCUGCACCAUGGCUAUAUUUGUUCUAAACAUAACGCAUCUAAAACUACUGAAUUUGUUUAUCGGAUUUGCAUAACAUCUAUAUGUGCGAGUAUGUUUUGAAUACAUUUCGUUUCCUUUGAAAGUCACACUGACAGUGGCAGCUCUAUUAUGUGUGGACAGCUGUGUUUUUGACACGGUUCAAUCAGCUGAUUUUCAUAACUAGAAAUGAUCUUCCUCAUGAUCUCCAAGAAGUGUUUCAAAGACCUGAACAUCCAUUAACAACUGAUAAAGAGUUCACGUAGUUUAUCAGGAAAGAGAUUUAAAUACAGGAAUUGUGAAAUAUCCCUUUUUACUUAAACAGGCCGAAAUAUCUACCACCUUCCUCCUCUCCACAGGAGCAUAGUUAGGUGCAUUAACUCUUGGAAACAAUACAAGUGGUUUAUUGUGUUUGAUAAAGGAGGCAGUCUGUACUUCAGGAGAACUGAGCAGAGGAAGUGACACAAUGAAAGCAUCAUAUCACUUCCUCUUCUCACAGUUAUUCUGAACAAUGAUCCUGUGGAUGAUCAUCCUGUCCCACGCAACAAAUGGGGUCCAAAACAAAGCCUGCUAGACUACUCCUUACAGUUAAACGUGCCUACGUUUCCAAAGAGCUAUCGUGGUUUUAUCAUCUGAUGCCAUGACUAGACCACAUUGGCUCAUCUUCAUCCUCUUCCUCCUCAUGGAUGUGUUUGUUUGUGAUGUACUGCUGGUUCCUUAAAGGAAUAGUCUACCCUUUUGCCAUAUUAAACUAUGUUAUUACCUCAACCUAGACAAAUGAAUACAUACUUUUUUUUUCAAUGCGUGCACUGUACAGCGCGUUGUGAAAGUGUUAGCAUUUAGCCUAGCCCCAUUCAUUCCUAUGGUACCAAAAAAAAGUUUUAUU